AUGGGUGGUGCAGGUGGUGACUUUGGGGGUUCCGACCCCGUCAUCUCUCGCCUCGCGAAAGAGGACCCGAUCCCAUGGUACAAGAAGCCCAACCUUCGAUUCCUCUACUUCAUGCUUUUCCCGACAUGUAUGGGCAUCGAGUUGACGUCGGGAUUCGAUUCCCAGAUGAUCAACGCCCUCCAGAUUUUGAAUUCGUGGAUCAAGUAUUUCGACGAUCCGCAGGGAGCUCUCAAAGGCAUCAUCAGCGCAGCAUACUCUCUUGGUGCCAUUCUGUCUCUUCCCCUGGUCCCCAUCAUCAACGAUAGGUUUGGUCGAAGAUGGUCCAUCGCUCUCGGUUCAAUCACCAUGAUCGUGGGCGCCCUCAUUCAGGGUUUCUCCCAACAUGUCGGCAUGUACAUCGUCGCCCGUAUGAUCCUCGGCUUCGGCAUCCCCACUUGCAUCGUCUCCGGCUCCUCUCUUAUCGGCGAACUUGCCUACCCGAAAGAGCGUCCUGUCUUGACCUCGCUCUUCAACGUGUCAUAUUUCGUCGGUCAGAUUGUUGCUGCCGCCAUUGUCUUCGGAACCAACAACAUCGCGAGCAAUUGGGGCUGGAGAAUCCCCUCGCUUCUCCAGGUUUGCCCUUCGCUGCUUCAGCUUGCCUUCGUCUUUUUCAUCCCGGAGAGUCCCCGCUGGCUGAUCACCAAGGACCGCUCUCAAGAAGCCCAUGACAUUCUGAAGAAGUACCAUGGAGAGAUGGAGCGCGGUGAGGAAUUUGUUGCCGCUGAAUUUGCUCAGAUGCAAGCCGUCAUUCGUCUGGAAUAUGAAACCGUGUCCAAGAGCUCGUGGACGGAUCUCUUCAGAACCUCGGGUAUGCGCAAGCGUCUUCUCAUCUCGUCGAUGCUCGGUCUCUUCACCCAGUGGUCCGGAAACACCCUCAUCUCAUACUUCCUCGGCGAUCUCCUCAAGAUGAUCGGCUACACGGAGUCGACCUUCAUCCAAAAGAUCAACGUUUCCAUCGCCUGCUGGAGUUUGAUUUGCGGUGUGACCGUCUCGCUCCUUGUCACUCGUAUUAGACGUCGUGUCAUGUACAUGGCCUGCACCAUCAGCUUGCUGCUGUGCUAUAUUGCGUGGACCAUCUCCAUGGAGCGCGCCAUGACAGGCAAAAAGAUCGGAAAACCCAACAACGGGGCUAACAUCGCCACCCUCUUCUUCAUCUACAUGUACUCGCCUUGCUAUAACAUGGGUUAUAACGCCCUGACCUACACCUACAUGGUGGAAGUCUGGCCCUAUGCCGAGCGCUCUCGUGGUAUUGCCGUCUUCCAGCUCUUUGGUCGUCUGGCCGGCUUCUUCACCACCUUCGUCAACCCCAUCGGUCUCAAGAACGUUGGCUGGAAGUACCUCAUCUCGUACUGCGUCUGGCUCGCAUUUGAGGUCUGCUUCGUGUACUUCAUGUUCCCUGAGACGAUGGGUCGGACGCUCGAAGAGCUUACAUUCAUGUUCGAGGGCGAGGACCUUCAGAGGCAAGCCAAUGCCGCUGCCGAGAAGGUGGUCAACCACGCUGAGCAUGACACUACUGGACUUGGCAGGCGUAGCACCAGCGAAAACAAGUUGGGCGGCUCAUCUGAGGUCAAGGAGCAUGUUCCUUGA